AUGUCCGACGACGAGGUGGAUCUCGAACUCCUCGCCAUUCUUCGGCAGCACCUCCAGGGCGUCUCCAUCAAGGACGAAGAGCCCGAGACAGGAGUCCUCGCUGAUGCUGAAUAUGUCUACGACCAUGGAAUCGACGUAGCCAUUGAUAUGCGCUCAACAAAGCGUGCCGCAGAGACUAUUUAUGCCCAGAUGCAAGAGAAGAGCUAUUCUACUUCCACCUGGUCUUCACAUGAGCUGCAUCCCAAGGCCAAGGAUGAAGCCACGGCCGCUUUCAUCUUCACCAUGGACCUGCUCAACUUUUCAUUCUGGUCUGAGCUGCCUGAUGACGAGAGAUUUGCUAUCGAGUACAAGGGGAAGAGAUGGACGGGUUACUGGAGUCUUGUAGCGGCAAUUCAGAGAGCGCUUGAAGAAGAUAUCCCCAUUACGGAUCCUCACUACUGGCAAAAUGAGGAUGAAUGUAACUUGGAAUCCCUGAGACACGUCUUCAGAUCCUGCACAGAAGAAGAAAUGCCCCUGCUGCAAGAGCGGCUUAACUGCCUUAGAGAAAGUGGUAAUGUGCUUUAUACCAAAUACGAAUGCUCCGUCGUUAAUCUCAUUUCCGCCGCCAAGGGCUCCGCGGCCCAGCUAGUCAAUAUCCUUGCCCGGGAUUUUGACUGCUUCAGAGACGAGCAUCCGUUCGAAGGCAGAAAAGCCCCUAUCCGCAUCAUGAAACGUGCCCAAAUCUUCGUUGCAGACAUAUGGGCCUGUUUUGAGGGUAAGUCAUAUGGCGAAUUCCGCGAUAUCGACAAGAUCACCAUGUUUGCCGAUUAUCGUGUUCCGCAGAUUCUGUCCACCUUGGGUGCCUUGUAUAUCGGUCCACAGAUUGACGCUGCUAUUCGCGAUAAGAAGCUUAUUGAAAGCGGGAGCCGGUGGGAGAUACAGCUAAGAGCUUGCAGUAUCUGGUGCGUUGAGUUGAUACGGAGAGAGAUCCAGAGUGCGCACCCAGAUACUCAUGUCAAUGCUAUUUUGAUCGACUUUUUCCUUUACGAUACAAUGAAGGAAAUGGAAGCAGCAGGAAAGGAGUCUAUUCCUCACCACCGAACACGAAGCAUCUGGUAUUAA